CUGUCAGUGAGACCACUUUGAAAGCAUCACGAGUUCUCAUUUAUAUAUAAACCAUAAAACAUAAAGCCAACUCAUAGUCACAGAGAAGCUAUCUUAGUUCCAAGCUGUUUAUUACCUUGCAGCUUCCGCAAUCACCUUCUCUCUUUCUCUCUAAAAUGUGACUUUGUUGUACGUGUGAAUGAGCCUAAACAGUACGGAUAUUUGAGCAAAGGAACAAAUAUAGAAGUGUCCAAUGCGUACCAACAAUACCCUUUACUCCCUCUAAAAAAUAAUUCUCAAAACACUAGUCUCACACUCUUUGUUCUCUACUCACUUACAUCUCUGUGUUCUGUGAAACCUGCAAGGAUGAGUAAACAAGACAUGAUGAAAAUUCAGAAUUGCCUUCUCAAGGUCAAUAUCCACUGUGAUGGCUGUGAGCAGAAAGUAAGGAAACUGCUUCAGAAAAUUGAUGGGGUGUAUUCUGUGAACAUAGAUGCGGAUCAAGGGAAGGUGUUGGUAUCAGGUCAUGUAGAUCCAGCUAAACUCAUAAAAAAGCUGAAGAGAUCAGGGAAGCAUGCUGAACUUUGGGGUGGGCAGAGAGGCAUGAUGUACAAUCAAAACCAUGCUAGCUACCCUCAGUUCAAGAACUUGCACAUAGAUAACAGUAAAGGGGGGAAGGACAAUAAGUCUCAGAAUCACAAGGGUCAGAAAGGUAAUGGAGGAGGAGGAGGUGGUGGUGGUGGUGGUCAACUAGCACACUUCCAAAAUAUCAAAGGAGUGUCAAAAGAUCUCAAAGGACCCGCCAAGAAUCAGAAAUCUGUCAACUUCAACUUAUCAGAGGAUGAUCUUGGUGAGAGUGGUGAUGAUUUUGAUGAAUUUGAUGACUAUAAUGACUUUGAAGACGACCUUGAUGACUUUGAUGAGUAUGAUGAAGAGGAUGAAGAGGAAGAGUACGGUCAUGGUCAUGGUCAUGGCCAUGGUCAUAACCAUGGCCAUGGCCAGGGGCAUCCUAUGCAUCAUAACAAGAUAAUGGGCAUGAUGGCGCCUGGCCUUGGGCCACAAGGGCCUGCUGGUAUGAUGAAUGGGCCUGGAAUGAGCAUGAACAGCCAUAAAGGGAAUGGGGGUACGAAGAAGGGUGAAGUCAUUGAUCUACCUAUACAAAUGAAGGGCAAAGGUGGAAACUACAACGAGGGUAAAAGUGGCAAUGGAGGCAAAAAAGGCAAUGGAGAUGGGGGUAGAAAAGACAAAGGUGGAAAGCAAAAGGGUGGUCAAGGUGGUGGUGGGGGAGAUAAUAAUAAUAGUAGUAACAAGAAAAAGAAUGGCAAAGCAAAAAAUGGUGGUGGUUUCCUUGUUCGGUUCCUAGGCUUAGGAAAAAAGAGCAAGAAAGGAGGAGGAACCGACACAAAAAACAAGAAUAAAAACAAUGGAGAAGGAAACAACAAAGGUAAAGAAGGAAAGAAAGGUGGUCAUGGUAAUGGUAAUGGAGGAGGAGGAGGAGGAGGAGGGAAAUUGGACAAAAUUGACUUUGACUUCCAAGAAUUUGAUAUCCCUCCCCGGGGUAAAAAUGGCAAGGGUGGUGCCACAGGCAAAGUUAAUAAUAACAAUAAUAAUGGUCAUGGUACCAAUAAUGGUAAUAUGGGUCAGAUGGGCCCAAUGGGUCCGAGAGGUCCAAUGAGUCAAAUGGGUCCAAUGGAUCAUCAUAUGAGGAAUAUUCCGGCCGUGCAAGGGUUACCGGCAGCCGCGGCGAUGAACGGUGGUUAUUAUCAAGGGAUGCAGAUGCAGAUGCAACCUAACCCUUAUAACAUGCAACAACAACAACAGCAGCAAUACAUGGCUAUGUUGAUGAACCAACAACAACAACAACAACAACAACAGCAAGCAAACAUGAACAUGUUCCCACCACAUAUGAUGUAUGGAAGGCCACAUCCAUCCAUGAACUACAUGCCGCCACCACCAAUGCCAUCACACCCCAUGGCGGAUCCUAUUACACAUGUUUUCAGUGAUGAGAACACUGAGAGCUGCAGCAUCAUGUAAAUUGGUAGUGACUAGUUUGUUUUAGGUUUCUAUUUGUUUCUAGCUUUUUUUGAGGGGUUCAUUAAAUUUUGCUCUAGUGUUAGAAAAAUGUGCAACAUUUUAAGAUUAUUUCACAUAUCAUGUGAUGUUUGUUUUAUUUUGCCCCGGUCCUGCUUGAAAACAACCCAAGGAGUAGGACAUGCUGCCACUGCAAGGCAAUGACAGACUCUCACAUGGCCUUUGCUGAAAUUAAAUACAGCCAUGCGUCCUGUAAUGUAUAAUUCAAUGCUUUAGAUUCUCUUGGCUUUACUAUUGGC